UCCAGUCUCCCUUUGACAGCUGGAUCCCUCUCAUCCCUCACGUGUCGUCUCUCUAACCCUACCCAUCCGCAGCCACCCGGCACCGCCAUUCUCCCCCACCACUCUCUCGCGGCGGUCUUUGUCCCCCAAAUACCCAAAUUUGGAAUCACUGGAUAUAGCAACUUGCUAAAUUAACCAAACCAAGAUUUCACCUCUCGCAUCUCCUUCAAUCUCUCACAUAAUUUUGAAAUUUCUCGACUAAAUUCGCACGAUUUCAUCCGUACACUAGGACUGCCGUUCUCCACCUCGCAUCUCCGUUUAAAGCGGCGGAAGAACAGAAGAUAUUAUAAAGAUAUAAAGAGUCCACGUCACCAGAUUUUUUGGCAGCAUUUUGAUAUUUGAUCCCGUGGUUUCAUGGGGGCUGAGGAACAAAGCUCACCUGCCAAGCAUUCAAAGCCUACUUCAACUCAUGAAACAACUCCACCUCCAUAUCCAGAUUGGUCACAGGCAUGUUAUAGCUCUGGAUUUGCUCCACCUUUCUUUGCCUCAUCUCCAGCUCCUCCGUAUAUGUGGGGUGGCCAGCAUCCUAUGAUGCCACCAUAUGGGACGCCGGUUCCAUACCCUACUAUGUACCCUCCACCAGGAAUUUAUAGUCAUCCUAGUAUGCCUAGGACCCCUGGCCAGACGAAUCUAGAAUUGGAAGUGAAGGCCUCUAAUGGAAAGGACAGGGCUCCAAACAAAAAGCCCAAGGGCAAUUCGGGAAAUUCCAAUGCCGGUGGUGGUAGGGCAGCAUCAAGUUCAGGGAACGAUGGUGCCACCCAAAGCGCUGAAAGUGGAAAUGAUGUUUCAUCAGAUGGAACCGAUGAAGAUGACCAACAGGAAUAUUCCGGAAGCAAGAAGGGAAGCUUCCAUCAAAUGCUUGCAGAUGCAAACGCCCGGAAUAACAAUUCCGGUUCCAACAUUCAGACGCCAGUCCCCGGGAAUCCUGUAGCUUCUAUGCCUCCAACCGAUCUCAACAUGGGAAUUGACCUAUGGAAUCCAUCCACCGGAACCGGAUCCAUGAAAUUACAAAAAAACCAUUCCGGUGUCCACCAAACACCGGCCCCACCACCAAUGAUGUCUGAUCAUUGGGUUCAGGAUGAACGGGAACUUAAAAGGCAGAAGAGGAAGCAAUCUAAUAGAGAGUCGGCUAGAAGAUCUAGAUUGCGGAAACAGGCCGAGUGUGAAGAACUACAAGCAAGAGUAGAAGCAUUAAGCAACGAAAACCAUUCACUUAGGGAUGAACUUCGAAGGCUUUCAGAGGAAUGCGGGAAUCUUACAUCUGAAAAUAAUUCAAUAAAGGAUGAGUUGACUCGGUUUUUGGGACCCGAAGCUGUGUCAAAACUCGAUACACAACUUCAAUCUCAAACAAGAAAAGGUGACAGUUAACAACAUGAUGAAAAAAUUUGUUAUAAAAGCUUAUUAUACAAUUAGGUCAACAACCAUUUUCGAGUCUUGAGAGAAGGAAUUGACUUUAGGAUUGAUGGAGGAAGCGUGACAUGUUGUGAUUUGUACCUUUUUAUGCUCUCAUACACCAGGUAAUCCUUUUUUUUUUUAACCAAUGUUGCAUGUCUAUUAGAGCUUUCAUACAUAGAACUUUUAGUCUUUAUGAUUGGUGGUGGUGGUGUUGUAGAAGUUGAAGUUUAUUGAUAGAGGAUUAUUUGUUCACAUUUUAACUUGUGUUUUUUGUUUGAUGUGAUUAUUAUUCCAUUUUGUUA